AUGCGGUCUCCCCUCACCGUUCUCCUCGUAUUCUUUGUUUCGGGUAAACGAAUCAAAUAAUCGGAAUCAGAGAAUUAUGUUCAGUCCGUCGAGUGUACGCAUUCAAUGUGACGAUCAAUUCGAAUCGCACUUAUCUUUUCGGAGACGUACUCGAGCCGUUGUGCACGGUUAACACGAGCGGACAAAACUUGAGCGCCUCCGAAGUCGUCGAGCUUUUCCACGUGUGGGAAACAAAGACAGCGUCGCAAAUCACAUCUUCUUCAGCUAUUUCAGAGUACAGAAAAGCGAUGCCCUGCUUUCCAGGUUGUAACGGCUUCUAUUCAGAAAGUCGAAUAACUUUAAUUUCAGGUCCCAGUCUGAAUGUGAACCUAACGUCUUUAAACCUUCAAGACGAUAUGAUGCCUCCUUAUCCGAGCUGUGAUACUUACGUGAAUAUCUCAAAGUCGACCAUCGGAGAAGUGGAAGAUCUUCUGGAAGAAGUUGGGAAGAAUGGGCGCGGAGGAUCUAGUUUGGAUGUAUCUCUAAAGUCAGUCAUGAACUCUUUGAGCAACAGACUGCAGAAUCUGAUUGACUACUUGCCAGAGGGAGCCACUAAGAAUAAGACCGAGGUAGCUGAUCUACCGAGUCUACCAAAUUAUUCAGACUUACAGGCUCUUCUCUCGUCCCUCACAAACCUGAACACGAAGGCGAUGCUCACUGAGCCAUUCCAAUUCGAUGCGUCCCAGUUGCUCUCCUGCUUCGACGUCUCCUCCCUUCUCCCCAGUCUUUCUUCCAUCUCCAACCAAACCGUCGGCACUCUCAUCUGUUCCUCCUUCUCCAUUUGUUCUUUCUCUGAUGUCUCUUCUAAUGCGUGUCUUUCCGAAUUCAAUAUCACUGAACAGCAGUACAAUUCGAUUGUGGACAAGACCGUCGGAGAGCUUCUCGCUGGGAAUAGAGAUGAUAAUGCAAAGAAGUCGCGAGGCUUCAUGAGUCGAUUCUUCGGGAAGAGACCGAAGAGAACGCCGAGUCCAGAAGAGUAUGAAGACGUGACGCCGCUUUGGAAUGAUACUUCGAUGGAAAUGGAAAUGCAAAUCGAUGAAGAUGAGGAUCUGUUCGAUAAUCUCAAUCAUACUCAAGGAUCCGGAUUCAGUCUAUUGGAUGAGAGAAAUGGGUACGCGGAAGGAAGUGGAAUGGAGGAAGACUUUGGCAACUCCACAGAUACCUCCGAACUUCUGACGGCGUUGGAACGUUCGGAGGAUCACAGAAAUCAUAAUGAUUCUCCGGGUUUCUUGCCAGAAGAUGAAGGCAGUGGGUUCGCAGACUCUUCGGAUCUCCCUCUCCGCAUUCAUGAUCUUCAGUCGAACGACUCUGACAUCACGCCGGUUUCCCGGGACGACGGUUCGUCCGGCUCGGACUACGUGACUCCCCCGGGAAGUAUUUCUUUGACGGACCAACUGAAAGCGCUGCUCGGGACGAAUUUGAACGCGAGCAUCGUCGAGUACGGAAUUUCCCUUCUGAAUAACACCUCGCUAAAGUCGAAAGUGACGACGACUCUCGCCGGAAUGAGCAGUCAAUUCACUGUUUCGCAGCUCGUCGAAAAUCUGAAUAUCACUGAUUCGUCCGAGUUUUUACAACUUCUCAAUGCCCUGGAGAGUCUCGUUGGAGACGGAAGUUAUGGUGGAUUCUCGAAAGUUUCACUGUUCCUCGAGCAGAUUGUCGGAACUGGAAUUGAUUUGGAAAGUCUUCUGGGGCAAUUGUUAAGUGGAUCUUCGUUCGAAUCUUCGAAUCUGCUCAGCUCAAACACGGUAUGCAUACAUCCCAGAAGUUGUUGGCGAGAGUGAGAUAAUCAUACACUUUUCAGGUAAACGCAAGUGAUCUGGCCACUGCUACUGUUUCCGAUAAAACUCGUUCGUCUUCUGAUAGUCUUGCAGAUUCUGGUCUACUUCAGAAGCUCCUCGACUCGUCCACUCUUCCCAGUGCUCUCCAAAACAUUAUCAACUCAACGGAUUCUUCAUCUCAAAUCUCGAAUGCUCUGAGCGAACUUGAAUCGAAUCCUUCGCUCGUUUCGUCUUUACUGUCAAAAUUGAACACGUGA